AUGUCAAACAGGAGCCUUGUGACAACGUUCUUCCUCACGGGACUUCCCCAUGCUCCAGCGCUGGACACCAUGCUCUUUGGCCUCUUCCUGGUCAUUUACAUUCUCACUGUGCUGGGGAACCUCCUCAUCCUGCUGGUGAUCAGGGUGGAUUCCCACCUCCACACCCCCAUGUACUACUUCCUCACCAACCUGUCCUUCAUUGACAUGUGGUUCUCCACUGUCACAGUGCCCAAAAUGCUGAUGACCCUGGCCACCCCGGGUGGUGGGGCCAUCUCCUUCCAUAGCUGUGUGGCCCAGCUCUAUUCCUUCCACUUCCUGGGGAGCACCGAGUGUUUCCUCUACACUGUCAUGUCCUAUGAUCGCUACCUGGCCAUCAGUUACCCGCUCAGGUACUCCAGCAUGAUGAGGGGGAGAGUGUGUGCCCUCCUGGCCGCGGGCACUUUUGUUUCUUUGUGCCUUGUGUUUUCAUCUACCUGA